GUAAGCUUCACACUACACACUUUAGCAAAAACCCACACCUAUAAACACAUAAAGGCACUCACCCUGGAUUAUGCUAAAGGACUAAAGGACAGACAUGAAGAAGAAUCAUCAUCCUCUAUUUGUGCUGCUGUGCUUCUGCAUAGCUUUGCACUACACUGUGCAGCUAGACAGCAGCUACUUCCUCAUCUACAAUGAAGCUCACAACAAAUGUGUGAAAGUAGUCGACCCCAACAUGGCACAGGCCAGCGACUGCGACUUGUCUUCAGAAAGGCAGCGCUUCCGAUGGAUUUCCUCCUCUCGGGUCCUUAGCAUCUCCCACAAGCUGUGCCUCGGAGCCCAGGACCUUAAAGAAUGGGUUAAAGUUGUUUUGCUCCCCUGCAAUGAGCUCAGUCCGAUGCAAACAUGGGAGUGCAAGAAUGAGACUCUGUUUGGUAUAAAGACCCAGCCUUUGCAUCUGAAUUACGGCAAUCGCCAGGAGCCCAAUUUACUUCUGUACACAGGGACAGGGGACUGGAGCCGCUGGCAGAUAUAUGGCAAUAACAAAGACCUGUGCUCUCAUGGAUACCAAGAGACAUUUACGAUCGGUGGCAAUGCUUUGGGUAGCCCCUGCCUGUUUCCCUUUAAGUAUGCAGAGAAGUGGUACGCUGAGUGCACCAUUGAAGGGAGAUCUGAUGGACAGCCUUGGUGCGCCACAGCCGUGGACUACAACAAGGACAAGAAAUGGGGUUUCUGUCCUACAAAAUCGUCUGCAGGUUGGGACACUGAUCCAGUAACAGGUGUGUUGUACAAGAGGAACACUCAAGCAGUGCUGACCUGGCAUCAGGCUCGCAAAAGCUGCCAGCAGCAAGAUGCUGAUCUACUCAGUAUUAUGGAGUUGCAUGAGCAAACAUAUAUAUCAGGUUUAACUAAUAUACUUGGUUCAUCUCUUUGGAUUGGACUGAAUAGUCUAGAUUUUGAAAGUGGCUGGCAAUGGAGCAAUGGAAAUCCAUUUAGAUAUCUGAAUUGGGCUCCAGGUCAGCCCUUACUGGAGCCUGGCAUGAACUGUGCAGCACUUAAUGCUGGCAAAGCAUCUAAAUGGGAAAGUGUGGCCUGCAGUAGUAAACUGGGAUACAUCUGUCGCAAAGGAAACUCCACUACCCUUACACCUUCAGAGGUGGUUAAAGACCAGCCCAGUUUCUGUCCAGCCACCUGGGUACCUUAUGCUGGCCACUGCUACUCUCUCUCACGCACUAAGAUGAUGUGGAAAGAUGCACUGACAGCCUGUCGGAAAGAAGGAGCUGACCUGAUCAGUAUUCACAAUAUUGAAGAACACAGCUUUAUUAUAUCACAGAGUGGCUAUUUGGCCACUGAUGAAUUAUGGAUAGGUCUAAACGAUCAGAAGAUUGAAAACCUGUUUGAAUGGUCAGACCGAACCCAUGUCACCUUUGCCAAGUGGCUUGUGGGAGAACCUUCACAUGCAGCUAUCCUCAAGGAGGAUUGCGUUCUCAUGAAAGGCAAGGAUGGUAAGUGGGCAGAUCACGUAUGUCAAAAGGAAUAUGGCUUCAUGUGUAAGAAGAAAGCCUCCACCAGACCUGCAGGGUCACCAGAGGUUAUCAGCCCCGGAUGUCCUAUUGGCUGGAUCAGAUUCAACUCCUACUGCUACAGUAUUGGUGUCGAAGCCAAAACCUUUAAUGAGGCCAAAACAGCAUGUGGACAGAGUGCAGCUGACCUAAUAGAAGUUGCAAACAGGUAUGAGAAUGCUUUUCUCAUCAGCCAGAUUGGCUUGCGCCCUGAAAAAUAUUUCUGGAUUGGCCUGUCCAAUACGGAACGUGCAGAAAGCUUUGAGUGGACAACUAAGCAAGCAGUUAAAUUUACACACUUUAAUGUAGGAAUGCCAGAUAGGCAGCAGGGCUGUGUUGCCAUGCGAACUGGGACUUCAGCGGGAUUAUGGGAUGUAAUCGCUUGUGACAGUAAAGAGAAGUACAUCUGUAAGAAAAUAGCAGAGGGUGUUACUACAACCAAAGAACCUCCAGCAACACAACCUAUCAGUUGCCCCUCCAAAUGGAUAAAAAAAGACUCUGCCAGUUGCAUUCGGAUAUACAGAAAUAGGAAAGAAAAUAAGAAAUCAUGGCUGGAUGCACGUAACUACUGCAAGGCCAUUGGUGGUGAUCUAGCUAGCUUUCACAGUGAAGCUGAAAGCAACACAAUACCGUAUGGUGGAGGAAGUGAUCCAGCAUGGAUUGGGUUUAGUAUGCUGGAUGAUAAUUCUGGGUUUACAUGGUCAGAUGGAACUGCAUCAAACUUUGAGAAUUGGAGCUAUGGGGAGCCCAAUAAUUACAAUUCUAAUGAGCAUUGUGCAGAAGCUAGCUUCUUCUAUGGUCAUAGGUGGAAUGAUGCAUAUUGUGACUCCUACAAUGAUUGGAUCUGUCAGAUACAACGGGGUACAACUCCAAAACCUCCACCUACAAGCUCCCCCGAAGCUGAGUUUAACAUUACAGAUAAUGGCUGGAUACAGUUCAAUGGCAGUCAGUACUACAUAAAUAUGGAGUCUCUGGAUAUGGAAGAAGCUCGUGCAUCAUGCAAGAAGAACCAUUCUGACCUUGUUGUCAUUACUGGUCAAAGUGAGAGAAAGUUUAUAUAUAAACAGAUUUCAAGAGGCUCAGAAGAACAGUAUUACAUUGGAAUGACAGUGGGAUUGGAUAAAUCGUUUAGCUGGGUGGACGGUUCUCCAGUUGUCUACACAGCAUGGAACCAAAACGAACCAAACUUUGCCAACAAUGAUGAAAACUGUGUAACUAUCUACAAAAGUAUGGGAUUCUGGAACGAUAUCAACUGUGGAGUAGAAUUACCCUCUAUCUGUAAAAGAAGCGUUGACUUUGUCACAAGUACAUCGGCUCCUACCACUGCACCAAAGGGAGGCUGUAGUUCUGACUGGACUGCUUUUCAGGGAAAAUGUUAUAAAUUUGUAGGAAAAGAUAGCACUGAAGUGAAAAUGUGGCAUGAUGCUCGAAUGUACUGCAUCUCUCAAGGAGGCAAUUUAGUGUCCAUUCUGAGUCAAUCAGAGCAAGCAUUUCUCACCACUAUGAUGCUUAAUGCACCUGAUGACAUGUGGAUUGGCUUGAAUGAUAUCAACUGGGAAAUGCGCUUUCUUUGGACGGAUGGGAAAGGUGUACGGUACACCAACUGGGCCAAAGGAUAUCCAACAUCAUUUCCAGAUGGUCGCAGAACGUAUGGAGUAGAUGAUACACUACCACACUACCACUUCUUGUCAAGUUUGGAAUAUGAAGAAACCUCGUUUGACUGUGUCAUAAUGGCGAAGAACCCAGAUAGAAUUACUGGCAAGUGGAAGGUCGAGGACUGCGAAGAGAAACGAGGUUUUAUCUGCAAGAGGAAUAUUGAUUCUCAGAUUCAAGUUCCUGCCACAACACCUUCAUCAGCAUCAUAUUUUAAAAUGGGAAAUAAUUCAUUCAAGAUACAGACUGAAAAAAUGAGCUGGGAUGAGGCAAGAAGGCAGUGCAAAGCCGAUGAUGCUGACAUGGCUAGUGUGUUGGACUCUGUCACUCAGGCGUUCAUUACUCUCAGAGUAGGCAAAUUGAAAGAGCCUGUGUGGAUUGGCCUAAACAGCAAUUUGACUAAUGGACGAUACCGCUGGACAGAUAACUGGUUACUGCGGUUCACUAAAUGGGCUACAGGUGAGCCUUUGAAAAACCAAGCCUGUGUAUACAUCGACAUAGACGGGACAUGGAAAACAACAGAAUGCAGCAAAAGCUUCUACUCCCUUUGCAAACGCUCACCAGAUAUCGCACCCACUGAUCCCCCGCAGCUUCCAGGACACUGCCCAGAACCAAAGAAAUCCAAGGUCUGGGUGCCUUUCCGAGGACACUGCUAUACUUUUAUAGCCACGAGGAAUGAAAACUGGGCCCAUGCUUCAGUGGAAUGUUUGAGAAUGGGUGCAUCAUUGGUGAGUGUGGGGGAUGCACUGGAGUCUAACUUCAUUCGCCAAAAUAUUGAGAUUCUUCAUGAUGAAGCCAAAUCCUUUUGGAUUGGCCUCCACCGCAGCUACACAGGUGAGUGGAUGUGGAUUGAUAACACCGUGGUGGACUACAUUAAUUGGGCACCACGGUCGCCUGGUGCUCAAGGCAACUGUGUGGAGGUUAAAUCAGAAAGUGGCUUGUGGAUAAGCUCUCACUGCAGUGGUUACAGAGGCUUUAUCUGCAAAACCCCCAAAACUAUACCACCUACUGAGAAACAGCCGGCAAUUGAACCACAGGUGGAAGAGGCCUCUCAUGGGUACGCUGGGAUUGCUGUUGCAGUUGUGUUGGUGAUCAUUGCUAUAGCAGGACUGGCUGCCUUCCUCUUCUAUAAAAGACCAACCAUCCCAGUAGUUGGGGAGUGUACAUUUGAUAACACCCUCUACUUUAACAACCCUGCACGAGCUACCACUACUGUGGACACAAAGGGACUGGUUACCAACAUGGAACAAAAUGAGCAUGCAUAGCACACACACACACACACACACACACACACAAUGCAUACAGUGUUAAAUACAUUUCUACAAUUAAUUACAUGCAGGAAAAGAUUUAUUGUAUAGAUGAAUUUUGUACAUCACCAGUCUGUGCUUGUUUGUAAAAAGCUCAAGAUUUGGGAAAGUGAUACACACAAGAUGAUCACCAACUGCUGGACGUGAGGCAAUGAACUGAACAUGUUGCUCAAUUACAUCUUAUCCCACAUCUUAUAGUUAAUAUAGGACAAUGUAAAUGUUCAUACAAUCUCCAUGACAUUAUUUUUUAUUCUCAGAGCUGUGCUUUAUUGACAUUGACAUUGUUAUUGUAAAUAAAUGUUUAAAAAUCUAGAAGACACAAA